GUGUUUUACUAGCCGCGGCCGCGGCUGGUUCAGUUGCGCUUUCCGCGGCGUGUGCAGCCACCUGCCAUCGAGCCAUCCAGCUCUCGCCGCGCCCCCGCCGCAGCCAUGUCCAAGGAGCCGCCGCGGGCCGGGCCGGACGAGAUCCUGGAGGGCAAGGUGAUGUGGGAGCCGGACAGCAAGAAGAUCACGUUGAUGGACCGCUUCCGGGCGGCCGUGGGCGCUGCCUGCGGCCUGGCGCUCGAAAAUUACCACGACCUCUACCAGUGGUCGGUUGAGUCGUAUGCAGACUUCUGGGCAGAAUUCUGGAAGUUCAGUGGGAUUGUCUCUUCGCGCAUGUAUGAUGAGGUCGUGGACACAUCCAAAGGGGUCGCGGACGUCCCCGAGUGGUUCAGAGGCAGCCGUCUGAACUACGCGGAGAACCUCCUGAAGCACAGAGAGAACGACAAGGCCGCUCUCUACGUGGCCAGGGAAGGCAAAGAGGAAAUUGGGAAGGUGACUUUUGAAGAGUUGCGGCAAAAAGUGGCUCUGUUUGCAGCAGCAAUGAGGAAAAUGGGCGUGACAGUAGGAGACUGUGUUGUCGGUUACCUGCCCAACGGUGAGCACGCCGUGGAGGCCAUGCUGGCUGCGGCGAGCAUCGGCGCCAUCUGGAGCUCCACGUCGCCCGACUUUGGCGUGAACGGUGUCCUGGACCGGUUUUCCCAGAUCCAGCCGAAGCUCAUGUUCUCCGUGGAGGCCGUGGUGUACAACGGCAAGGAGCACGCCCACCUGGACAAGCUGCAGUGGGUCGUGAGAGGACUGCCAGACCUGGAAAAAGUGGUGGUGAUCCCUUACGUCACCUCCCGAGAGGAGAUAGACAUUUCCAAGAUCCCAAACAGUGUGUUUCUGGAUGACUUCCUCGCCACCGGGAAAGGGGACCGAGAGCCCCAGCUGGAGUUCGAGCAGCUGCCCUUCCGCCAUCCGCUCUGCAUUGUGUUCUCCUCGGGCACGACCGGGGCGCCCAAGUGCAUGGUGCACUCCGCCGGGGGCACCCUCAUCCAGCACCUGAAGGAGCACCUCCUGCACGGGGACAUGACCAGCAGUGACACCAUCUUGUAUUACACCACGGUCGGCUGGAUGAUGUGGAACUGGCUGGUGUCCGCUCUGGCCACGGGCGCGGCCGUGGUCCUGUACGACGGCUCCCCGCUGCUGCCCACGGCCAACGUGCUCUGGGACCUGGUCGACAGGGUCGGCAUCACCAUCCUUGGGACGAGUGCCAAGUGGCUGGCUAUUCUGGAAGACAGGAACAUGAGGCCCGUGGACACCCACAGCCUGCAGACACUGCGCACCGUCCUGUCCACGGGCUCCCCGCUGAAGGCCCAGAGCUACGACUACGUGUACCGGUGCGUGAAGAGCAGCGUCCUCCUGGGCUCCAUCUCAGGCGGCACCGACAUCGUGUCCUGCUUCAUGGGCCAGAACCCUUCCCUGCCUGUGCACAGGGGCGAGAUCCAGGCCCGCAACCUGGCCAUGGCCGUGGAGGCGUGGGACGAGGAAGGAAAGGCCGUGUGGGGAGAGAGCGGCGAGCUGGUGUGCACCAAGCCGUUCCCCUGCCAGCCCACGCACUUCUGGAACGACCCGGGCGGCAGCAAGUACAGGAAGGCCUACUUCUCCAGGUUCCCAGGUGUUUGGACGCACGGUGACUACUGCCAGAUCAACCCCAAGACCGGGGGCAUCGUCAUGCUGGGCCGGAGCGACGGCACGCUCAACCCCAACGGAGUGCGGUUCGGCAGCUCGGAGAUCUACAACAUCGUGGAAGCCUUCGUGGAGGUGGCGGACAGCCUCUGCGUCCCCCAGCACAACAAGGACGGGGAGGAGAGGGUGGUCCUCUUUCUGAAGAUGGCCUCCGGGCACAGCUUCGGGCCGGACCUGGUGAAGCGCAUCCAGGACGCCAUCCGCGUCGGUCUGUCCACCCGGCACGUGCCCAGCCUCAUCCUGGAGACCGAAGGCAUCCCGUACACUCUCAACGGCAAGAAGGUGGAGGUGGCCGUAAAGCAGGUCAUCGCCGGGAAGGCUGUGGAGCACCGCGGGGCCUUCUCGAACCCCGAGACCCUGGAUCUGUACCGGCACGUCCCCGAGCUGCAGGGCUUCUGAUGCGCCUCCCCGCCCUGCGCGUCAGUGCCGCAGUGCCGGUGUGCGCGGGAAGGUCCUGAGACGCCCCGGCGCUCUCCAGGGGGCUUGCCCCGUGCCUCUGGUCCUUGUGGGGGUGCCCGGGCUGCCGCACGCAGCACACCAUCCUGACCUGGAGGCUGACAGGGCACACGUGUGUGUGUGUGUGUGUGUGUGUGGCAGUGUGUGUGAGCAUGUCCUUGCACAUGUGCUCCGGCAUGCAUGCACAGAGGGGCUGGCGGCUGCCUGUGUGUGUGUGGCCUCGGAAGACGCCGGGUCAUGUGUACGGCGCUGCCUGGCCUCUGGCAAUAGCACAGCACAAGGGGCCAUCUUGCCCUCAGUGCCCCCUCUGUGGGCCUACUAUGCACCUUUAAGGUGCAAAUCGGCUCCUUCCUUUACUCUGGUCUCUGGCUCCGGCCACUGUCCCUCAGGGCCUGCCGUCCUCCCUUGCUCCUCGCUUGUCACAAGGGCGUGGCCCAAUGUGACCACCCCCCGCCCUGUGCUCUGUGUGGUGACGGGACACGUGCCAUUCCUGGUGGAGCCACGUGUCUGCCCAGCGGAACGGUGGGCACUGCCCGAGAACAGCGAUUGCCCUUGGGAGAGCGAGUGGGUCUCCUGCUGUAACAGGAGCGCCUUGCUCAGUGGACUCUGACUGGUUAGAAACCUCUCCUGUGAGUCGUCUGGUGUGUGGGUGUUUGGAGAACUGGAUGUCCACCCUGUGGGCGGUGCUGCUCUCGGGGAGCUGGCAGCCUCCCCGCCCCCCAGCGGCGGUCACCAUGGAUCCUCGGAGGCAGCUUCUCCGCACCAGGGCUCUGCACCUGGGAAAGGUGUUACAGCCACGUCACGGGUUUGACAGCCAGUGGAUUGUAUGUUCUCUUCCGUUCAGCAUAUUCCUAUAAUCCUAAUGUUCGUUUUUGUAUUUUUUAAAAUGGAGCACAAUGAAAUCCUUUUUUGAAGUGAGCCUGGGGCCCAGGCUGGUGUGACUUAGUAGAUUGAGUACUGUAUUGCAAACCAAAGGGUCGCUAGUUCAAUUCCCAGUCAGGGCACAUGCCUGGGUUGUGGACCAGGUCCCCAGUAGGGGGCAUGUGAGAGGCAACCACACAUUGAUGUUUCUCUUCCUCCCUUCUCCUCUCUAAAAAUAAAUAAAUAAAUAAAAUCUUUAAAAAAAUAAAACAACAUAUGGGGAAAUUGC